CACCGAUCAACGGAAAGAGCCAAAGAAGUCGGCUCUGUCAUGUGAUCAGCUGUGUCCAAGGAGAGCCAGUAAUCGGCAUUACUCAGAGGGGACAUGUACACAGAUCAUCAGGGCACUGAUGAUCAGUGUGCCCUGAUGAUCAGUGUAGCGCCAGCAGUGCCACCUGUCAGUGCCCAUAAAUGCCACAUCAAUGCCACAUAUCAGUACCAAUCAGUGCCACAUCAAUGCCACAUAUCAGUGCCUACCAGUGCACAUCAAUGCCACAUAUCAGUGCCCAUCUGAGCUGCCUUUCAGUGCCACCUAUCAGUGCCAGUCAGUGCAACCUAUCAAUGCCAGUCAGUGCUGCUUAUCAGCGCUGCCAAUCAGUGGCACCUAUCAGUGCCAGUCAG